CCCCAAUGGCGCUGAGCAGCCGUAGUCGGCUGUUGCUGGCCGCCACCAGGCCUGGGGUACAUGGAGGGGGUCUUCGUUUUGCAUCAACUACAGCAAGUCUCAAGCCUGAGAUCCAAGUAGACACAAGCGAAAAUGAGAUUGUUGCCCCAGACUUCACUAACAGGAAUCCUAGGAACUUGGAGCAGUUGGCCUUGGCUAGGAAAGAGCGUGGCUGGAAGACAACAUGGCCAAAGCGUGAAUUCUGGCAUAGGUUACGGCUUGAGCGGACACAGCAUUAUGUAGAAGCCUUUGUUGAGCGCUCUAAUGGGGAUGUUGUGUUGUCUGCCUCUACCCGGGAGUGGGCCAUAAAGAAACACCUAUACAGUCCCAAGGGAGUAGCAGCGUGCAAAAACCUUGGCCGCGUAAUGGCACAGCGCUGUUUGGAAGCAGGAAUCAACUUCGUGAACUUUAAAGCUGUUAUCCCCUGGGAAUAUCAUUGUGACUCGGCAAGUACCAUCUCCUUACACUCACUUGGCUCUUUUUUCUUUUUAAGCAUUUAUUUUACACCUCUUCACCAUUAGUUUUUAUUUUGUGGCUUGACAGUGCCUUCUUGUGAUGCUCAAAAAGGUAGCUUUGAUAAGCUGCAGUUCUGUUGUUAUGCUUCAGUGAAGCUGUUACCUCUGCUCCUGCAUGCUACAUGUCUCCACUGAUACUUUGGUGCCAAUGACUUUUCUUCCUAUUUAUUUAUCUCCCUCUUUUAAACAAGAUUCAGGAAUUCGAAAAAGCUAUGCAGGAAGGUGGUGUCGUUCUGCGUGAGCCACGAAGGAUCUAUAAGUAAAAUGGAGAGCGCUGGGAAAGCUUCACAAGGGACGACAACCACUUCUUUAGGUGUGCGUGCUUCGGCACGGUGAAGGUUCAGAGCUGGAAAAAGCUUGAACAUGGCAUCUCAUAAUAAAAUAUUUUUGAACAGA